AUGGCCUCCGCCGGUAAGAAGUCCAACGUGAUCGGCCAAAUCGUGCGGCUCAGGCGGGUCGUGCGCCGCUGGAAGGACAAGAGCCUCCGGCGCGGCGGUUCCUCCUCCUCGUCGGACACCGACGACUGCGAGCCGCGGUCCCCGCGGCGAAGGACCCCGGCAGGAUCGGUAGCCGUCUACGCCGGGCAGGAUAGACGCCGCUUCGUGGUCCCGACUCGGUUCCUCAACCUCCCGGUAUUCGCCGCCCUCCUCGACCAGGCGGAGGAGGAGUUCGGUUACCAGCCCGCCGGUGGCCUGGCCCUGCCGUGCGCGGCCGGAUUCCUCUCCGGCGUCAUCCGGCUGCUCGAGCUGGACGAGGAGAGGUUCUGCGGGCUGGGCCUGGACGAGUUCGUGAGGAUGGUUUCUGGGGCGGAUUUGGAUUUGGAUUUGGGUUUGGAUUCGGAUUUGGGUUCGGCGCCGGCGUUCGUUCCGUUGCUGCGCGGUGCUAGGGUUUGA